UCUUCAAAACUGCUGCGAAGCAUACAAUAUUGGACUCCAAGGAGCAAAAGUAUUCUCUGGCCCCUCAAGCGAACAGUUUGGGUAUAUAGUUCAGCAGCUUUUAAACCAAGAAGGCAAAUGGUUACUUGUUGGCUCACCCUGGAGUGGGUAUCCGAAAAAUAGAAUGGGAGACAUCUAUAAGUGUGCUGUUAAUCAGCAGAGCAAUGAAUGUUUAAAGAUGAAUUUACAGACUUUUGCAAGCAUCCCAAAUGUUACUGAGAUAAAGGAGAAUAUGAAUCUGGGGCUAACCUUGAUAAGGAACUCAAGAACGGGAGGAUUUUUGACUUGUGGUCCUUUGUGGGCACAGCAGUGCGGGAGCCAGUACUAUGCAACAGGAAUCUGUUCCGAGUUCAGUCCAAGUUUCCAGCUCAUGAGAAGUUUUUCGCCCGCUCUGCAAAAGUGUUCUUCGGCCAUAGACCUUGUGGUGGUAUGCGAUGAGUCAAACAGUAUUUAUCCGUGGAAUGCUGUGAGUGCUUUUUUGACAAAAUUUGUCCAAGGCUUGGAUAUAGGCCCCACAACGACUCAGGUAGGGUUAAUUCAGUAUGGCAAUGACCCACGAGUAGUGUUCCAGCUGAAUACUUAUAAAAACAAAGAAGAUGUUGUACGGGCAAUGUCACAAACCACUCAGAAAGGAGGGGAGUAUACAAAUACAUUCCAAGCAAUUGAUUCUGCCAGACGUUACGCUUUCUCCAAAGAAGCCGGUGGGCGGCCAACAGCCUCUAAAGUCAUGGUGGUUGUGACAGACGGUGAAUCUCAUGACGGCUCAAGGCUACAUGAUGUGAUAACUAAAUGCAAUGAGGAUAACAUCACUCGAUUUGGUAUAGCAGUAUUGGGAUACUUAACUAGAAAUGACUUAGAUACAAAAAAAUUAAUUCAGGAAAUCAAAGGAAUUGCAAGCCUUCCAACAUCAAAAUAUUUUUUUAAUGUCUCCUCUGAAGAUGCCCUUUUAGGAGAAGCAGGAACACUGGGAGAGCGAAUUUUCAGCAUAGAAGGUACUCAUCAAGGCGAUUCGUUCCAGAUGGAAAUGUCACAAGUUGGUUUCAGUGCUUCUUACUCACUGCAGAAGGAAGCUCUCAUGUUAGGUGCUGUUGGGGCUUAUGAAUGGAACGGAACAGUGAUCCAGGAGAUAUCCAAACAAACAAUUAUAUUUCCCAGUCAAGCAUUCGGAAAAAUUUUGCAAGACAGAGAUCAGAGCUCCUAUUUAGGUUAUUCUGUUGCUGUUGUCUCAUCGGAACAUUCACUCUAUUUUGUCGCCGGAGCUCCGCGGUCAAACUACACUGGCCAAGUUGUGGUCUAUGAGGUGGAUACCAAUGGCAAUGCAACUAUUAUUCACUCUCAGAGAGGAGAGCAGAUUGGCUCCUAUUUUGGCAGUGUCGUGUGUUCGGUAGAUGUUAAUGGAGAUGCAGUUACAGAUGUGCUGUUGAUCGGUGCGCCAAUGUUUAUGAAUGACUUUAAAAAAGAAGAAGGACGAGUCUACUUGUUUUCUAUCAGAAAGGGCAUUUUGGGUAAACAAGAACUUCUGGAAGGUCCUCAAGGGUUAGAAAAUGCUCGCUAUGGAUCUGCCAUCACUGCUGUCUCAGAUAUUGAUUUGGAUGGCUUUAACGACGUGAUAGUUGGUGCGCCAUUAGAAAACAAAAAUUCUGGUGCGAUUUACAUUUACAAUGGUAAACAGAGGACAAUACAUACUAAGUAUUCCCAGAAAAUUCUAGGAUCUGACCCUGCGUUUGGUCAGCAGCUCCAGUAUUUUGGAAGAUCAAUUGAUGGCCGUAAUGAUUUAAAUGGUGAUGGAAUUACUGAUGUAUCAGUUGGCAGUGACGGAAACGUGAUUCAGCUCUGGUCUCAGAGUAUAGCUGAUGUGUCUAUACAUGCCUCCUCUACACCGAAGAAGAUCAGCCUGCUAAACAAGAAUACUGAGAUAGUUCUGAGGAUAUGUUUCAGUGCAACAUUUAGACCUGCCAGUAGGAGUAAUCAAGUUGGUAUCAGAUACAACCUGACGUUGGAUGCUGACCUCCUAUCUUCUCGAGUGACCUCAAGAGGAGUAUUUAAAGAAACUAGUGAGAGGUAUCUGCAAAAUAACAUCAUAGUUCAUCCCAGGGAGAACUGCAUAGAACAUGUUUUCAAUAUCCAGGAGCUCUCUGAUGCUGUCAACUCUCUUAGUGUACGCAUCGAUAUAAGCCUCAAGAAUCCUGGCUCGGGUCCAGUUCUUGAUAAAGCUUCCCCUGCAUCUGUUACUUACAGUAUCCCGUUUGUUAAAGAUUGUGGUGAAGAUGAAAUCUGCAGUUCUGACCUUGUUCUUGAUGUUCAACAGAAAACAAAUAAUGACAAAGGACACUUUAUUAUCAGCAGUAAGAACAAAAGACUAACAUUCAGUGUGAAACUGAGAAACGAGAAAGAAAAUGCAUACAACACCAGAAUUCAAAUUGCUUUUUCGGAAAACUUGUUUUUUGCUUCGUCUUCUGCGCCUGUUGAUGGUACUGAAGUUUCAUGUCAGGUGACCACUAUCCAGCAACUUGUUAUCUGCCAGAUCAGCUAUCCUGUUUUUAAAGAAGGGCAACAGGUAUCGUUUGAUGUUAAUUUUGACUUUAAUUUGAAAAGUCUUCAGAAUCAGGCAGUUCUAAAUUUUCAAGCUUUAAGUGCAAGCAUUGAAGAGGAUGAUACAAACAAUCAAAUCAACCUAACAGUUCCACUGCGUUACAAUGCAGAACUUCACUUAACAAGGCUUACCAGCAUGAAUUUUUAUGAGAUAUAUUCCAAUCAUAGUGUUCUUUCCACUGUGAACAAUUAUGAUGAAAUUGGACCAGCAUUUAAUUUUUCUGUUAAGGUCACAAGAGGAAGUAUUCCAGUAAAUAUGGCAUCUUUGAAAAUCCAUAUUCCAAAACACACUGAAGGGAACAAUCCAUUGAUGUAUGUGACUGCAGUGCAUACCAGUCAGGGCAGUGAUAUUACCUGUGAUGCGCAGAUCAAUCCAUUUAGAAUAGGAGAGCGACCCUAUGAUGUAUCGUUCCGGAAAGAAAACUUCAAAGCCAUGAAAGAACUGAACUGCAAGAAUGUCGUAUGUGAAACAAUUUCAUGCAAGUUGAAGGAUCUCACGCUGAAAGCCGAGUAUUAUGUUAAUGUUUCUACCAGAAUCUGGAAUGGGACAUUUGCAGCUUCAACUUUCCAGAUGUUGCAGUUAUCUUCAAGUGCACAGAUUGAUACAUAUGACUCAGAUAUAUUUGUGGAUGGAGAGAAUAAUUUAUCAAUCCCAGUGACAAUAAUAAAGCCUGAUGCAAAAGCGGAAGUCCCAGUUGGAGUUGUGAUAGGAAGCAUCGUGGCGGGCCUCCUUUUGCUGAUAGCACUAGUUGCUGCUUUAUGGAAACUCGGCUUCUUCAAACGAAAAUAUGAGAAAAUGGCAAAGGAUGCGGAAGAUGUGGAUGAAGCUACAGAACUCACUAAGGAGACAGAAUGA